AAUUACAGCAUCUCAAAAUCAUGAAGACUCCAUCCAUUUCCACUCUUUUCUUCAUUCUUUUUGUUAUCUUUUCGUGCUCAUGGGCAGCUUCUGCUGAUGACCACGACAAUUUUCUUGAAUGUCUCUCAGAAGAGUUCCACAACCACACCUCAAUUUCUAGGAUUGUUUUCACCCCAUCUAACUCAUCUUACAACUCUAUCCUGCGAUUUUCCAUUAGAAACUUGAGAUUCGCGACAGAAUCCAAACCAAAACCGCUAGUGAUCAUAACCCCGGAGCAUGAAUCCGACAUCCCUCCUGUCAUCUACUGUGCCAAAGAAAAUCACAUGCAAAUUCGAACUAGAAGUGGUGGCCAUGACUAUGAGGGACUGUCAUAUGUAUCUAAAGUCUCAUUUGUGAUCAUUGAUUUGAUCAACCUUAGUGAAGUAACUGUUGAUGCUCAACAGAAAACAGCAUGGAUUGAAGCUGGUGCAACCAAUGGCUUAUUAUAUUAUGGGAUCGCGGAGAAAAGCCAAACAUUAGGGUUUCCAGCCGGUUCUUGCCCAACUGUUGGUGUUGGCGGGCUCUUCAGUGGAGGAGGCUACGGCACAUUACUUAGAAAAUACGGGCUGGCUGCAGAUAAUAUUAUUGAUGCAAGAAUGAUUGAUGUUAAUGGUAAGAUUCUCGAUAGAGAAUCAAUGGGUGAGGACUUAUUCUGGGCCAUUAGGGGUGGUGGAGGCUAUGGCAUAUUGCUCAGAAAAUACGGCCUGGCUGCAGAUAAUGUUAUUGAUGCAAAAAUAGUAGACGCAAAUGGCAGGAUUCUCACCAGAAAAUCGAUGGGUGAGGACUUAUUCUGGGCCAUUAGGGGUGGUGGAGGCGCCAGUUUUGGUGUAAUUCUUGCAUGGAAAGUACAAUUGGUGGAUGUUCCAGAAACCGUCACAGUAUUCACAAUAGGCAGGACUUUGGAGCAAAAUGCCACUCAACUCAUUCACCGUUGGCAGUACGUUGCACCUAAAUUCGAACGGAAUUUAUUCCUCAGAAUCGUCGCAAGAAGGGCGAACGCCAGCGAGGAUGGAAGCAAGCUGACUAUUCGUGCUUCAUUUAACUCAGUUUUCCUUGGAAGAAUCGACAGACUACUUGCGCUGAUGCAAAAAUAUUUUCCUGAACUGGGCUUAGUAAGAGAAGACUGCACAGAAAUGAGUUGGAUCCAAGCGAUCCUGUAUAACGUCGGGCUGCCCAUAGAUUCACGUGAAGUUUUGUUGAACAGGACUCAACCCGGUGUAAGAUACUACAAAGGAAAAUCGGAUUAUGUGCAGAAACCCAUUCCCAUAAGCGGGUUUGAAGGCAUAUGGAGACUGUUCUAUGAACCAGAAGGCAGGGAGGCAGAGAUCUUGUUGACCCCAUAUGGUGGAAAAAUGGCUGAAAUUCCUGAAUCUGCUAUCCCAUUUCCUCAUAGGGCUGGUAAUCUUUACAAGCUACAUCAUAUGGCGUACUGGAAGGCUGAAGACGCACAAAACGCCGACAAGUACAUAAAUUGGAUUAGAAGGCUUUACAGUUACGUGGCUCCUUAUGUUUCCCAGUCCCCCCGCGGAGCUUUCUUAUGUUAUAGAGAUCUUGACAUUGGAGUGAACAACAACGAAGGCGUGGUAAGUAUUGAAACAGCAAGAGUUUGGGGCACCAAGUAUUUCAAGAACAAUUUUGAUCGAUUGGUUCAAGUAAAAACUCGGGUUGAUCCUGGACAUUUCUUUAGGGAAGAACAAAGCAUUCCCCCACGCCCACGGUGGACAGGCAAAGAUGACAUAUAAGAUUAUCAUGUGGUUCUGCAAACUUCUCUAUGUGCUUCCUUUAGUUUGAUUUCACUACUAGUUUGUACGCGAAUAAGAAAUAGUAGAUUGUUAAAAUAGAUGAUCGGCUUGCCAAUUAGUUGGCUCCUUGUAAUCUGUUUUGAACAGUCGCUUUCAAUUAGUUGGCUCCUUGUAUUGUUUUAAAUGCAAUCAGAUAAUAUAUAGGGGUUGGUGUGUUUGUAAGAUAGGAUCUAUCAGCAUCAUGAGAUGAGAGUGAUUUUCUAUGUAAUCUAAGUUUGUGUACUGUCCAAAA